AUGGUUAUUUACGUCCACGAGAAGCUCGGCAGCGAUGCAUUGAGCGUUGAUGGAAGCAAAGAACAACCUUACAAGACGCCGGCUUUUGCCAUUUUCGCGAAGGAUGGAGAUGAAAAAUUAAUGGUUUUCAAAGAAGACGAAGAGAAGGGCGAUGAUUACGUCGAAAUCUCGGCCAGUGCACUGAAAAAGGCCAAAAAGGGUGCUGAGGGACUUAAGAAGAAAGCCGCGAAACAGCAGGAACUUGAGAAAAAACAGCAGGAAAAGGAAGCUGCGGAAGCGGCCAAAAAAUUAGAAUCAAUGAACAUUAGCAUUGAACAGGACAAAACGUUACCUGAGGCACGCAAGGUAAAGAUCUCACAGGCCCACGGGGCUGCUGACGAGCGUGUCAAAGUUUCCGGCUGGAUUCAUCGCUUGAGAUCGAACAAAUCGCUUGUUUUUGUCGUUCUGAGAGACGGUUCCGGUUUUUUGCAAGCCAUUUUGUCUGGUGACCUUGCUCUCGCGUAUCAAACGUCCACGUUGACGCUUGAGUCGACCGUAACGCUCUACGGUACCGUAAAAAAGCUUCCAGAGGGCAAAACUGCCCCGGGUGGUGUAGAGCUUGUUGUCGACUACUAUGAGAUUAUUGGACUUGCACCCGCUGGUGAAGACGCAUUUACCAACAAAGUCGCCGAGGGAGCAGACCCCUCGCUGCUUUUGGAUCAGAGACAUUUGGCCCUGAGAGGUGAGACCCUUUCCGCAGUGAUGAAGGUGCGUGGUGCUUUGUUGAAAUCCAUUCGUCGUUUCUAUGACGAGGAACAAUUGACCGAAGUUUCGGUGCCCAGUAUGGUUCAAACGCAAGUCGAAGGUGGGUCUACAUUGUUCCAUUUGAACUACUACGGCGAAGAAGCUUAUUUAACACAAUCGUCUCAAUUGUACCUGGAAACCGUCCUGGCAAGUUUAGGUGACGUCUUCUGUAUUAUGGAAUCAUUCCGUGCUGAGAAGUCGCACACCAGAAGACAUUUGUCCGAAUACACACACAUUGAGGCCGAAUUGUCGUUUUUGACUUUUGAAGAUUUGCUAGUGCAUUUGGAAAAGUUGUUCACCAGGACUAUCAAGUACGUCUUGGAAGACCCUGUAGCGGGUCCGCUUGUGAAACAACUUAACCCCGGCUUCAAAGCACCAGAGAUGCCAUUUUUGAGAAUGACUUACCGUGACGCCUUGGUGUGGCUCAACGAACACAGGAUCAAGAACGAAGAAGGCGAAGAAUUUAAAUUCGGCGACGAUAUCGCUGAGGCAGCAGAACGUAAAAUGACCGAUACUAUUGGAGUGCCCAUCUUUUUGAUCCGGUUCCCAGUGGCCAUCAAGUCCUUCUACAUGAAACGUUGUGAUGACGACCCCGAAGUCACCGAAUCCGUCGACGUCCUGAUGCCUAACGUUGGUGAAAUCACAGGCGGAUCCAUGAGAAUUGACCAGAUAGACGAACUCAUGGCCGGAUUUAAACGUGAAGGUAUAGACCCAUCGCUGUAUUACUGGUACACGGAUCAACGUAUCUAUGGUACAUGUCCUCAUGGUGGUUACGGUAUUGGUACCGAACGUAUUCUUGCAUGGCUCUGCGACAGAUUCACAGUAAGAGACUGUUCGCUAUAUCCUCGAUUUAGCGGCAGAUGUAAGCCAUAA